AUGGGUUGCUGCCACUCCUGCAACGCCUCGUCCCCUCAAGGCGUUGUCGCCAAUAACGAAUCCGCCCACCCCGCCGCUCCCCAACAACCGCACAACCUCCCUCCUCCCCGACAACCCCCUAGAAGUGGCCUCCCACCCUCCAGCUGCCGACCGAAUCAAGCCAUCCGCGCCCCUUCCCCGCUCUCUCGAAGCCCUAAGAAUGUCUCCAACGUCCACCCACCCUGGACCCGCUCCCACCUGCAACUCCAACGCCAGAUCUUCUUCGAGACCCGUGUGACGGGCCACGCUGAGAUAUGGGCUGUUCUGCAGGAAGUGUGUCAAUUGCUUCGCAGGAAUGAACUCCAGCAGGCGCAAGCGGUAUUGGAUGCCGCUAACAUUUCAUGUCCGAAUGGACGCUUUGCGAAAGGGAGGGGGCGGAAUCGGGAUAGGAAGGGAGGCGGAGUUUUCGACGAGAGGGGAGUGCUGUAUGAUAUCCCGGAAUGGGUCGUGGUGGAUCCGGGGGAUGUCAUUGAGGAUGGACACCCUCAUCACGAAAAAGACAUUGACGGUGGGAGUGAUGGGGCGGACGACGAUGAAGGACCUUACGAGGGUGAUGGCAUCAGGAUCUCAAGAGAAGACAAGGGGAAGGGACGGGCGGAGGAUUUGGAUUUGGGGGAGAAGGUCACGGUGCGGUGUCGACUCAGUAGUUCUGCUGUUGACAAGGUGGUGGAGUAUCAUACGAAGCAGCCGGCGGGAGUUGUGGUGGAGAGGGUGAGGGAGCACUUUGGAGGGGCGAAUGUUAGGGUGAUGUUCCGGGGGAGGGUGGUGGAUGAGAGUAAGCCGUUGAGCGAGUGUGGGUGGACGAGUAAGGAUAUGCUCAGCGUGUUUGUCACGAAUUGA